AUGUACGGUGAUCAUAGUUUAGCUAUGGUCGAAGAUGAGGAUACCGAUGGCGAGGCGGAUUUAGCACCGACUACCUAUUCGCAUAGAUUACGAUCAAUGUCCGAUUCAUCUAUCUCUUCACAACUCACUGGUACAGGUCGUUCAAAAUCUGGUUCCCUUGAAGAUGUUUGGCAUUCCGACCAACCAGUAAAUCAUGAUCAAUCAUCGAAGUGUUCAGCGUUAGGCACAACAGAUGAUGAACUGAAAGUAGCUGGUUCAGAUGGUGAUGUCCUCCUGUCCCGUGGUCCAUCAUUUUCAAAUCCAAAUCAAUUAAGUUUUGUUGAUAGUAAUUCAAUGCAUCAGCUGAAAGAAAUCACUACUCUCCGACGUUGUCCUACACCUGAAGUCCUAUGUCCUAUUACAUCAUCAGCAAUCAAUCUACCCGAUGAUAUUGUCUCUGAUAGUAUACCGACAUCAAUUAAAUCGGGUAAAGAGAAAAAGAAACGUGUACGUAAACGACGUAUUGGAUCACGUCAUCAUGAUGAUAUAUCGAAUACGCUAAACACUGAAUGUAUGAAUUAUAUAAACACGCAUGAUCCAUCAUCAUCAUCAGCAUCACCGACGCAGACAUCUUUAAUGAAUCCAUUAGAUAUUCAUCUACCUGCUGUUACUUGUAGUCCAGGACAUGAUCAUCCGGGUCGGGUAUAUGUAGAUACUGAUAUACCAUUGAGUGUUGAUGCUUUAUUUCAUUGUAUUUUCACCGAUUCAGAGUUUUUUUCACGUCUUAGUGAACUGCGCGGGACAUUCGGUAUGAUUCAAUCACCUUGGCCAGUAUUUAAAUGGUUUAAUACAUCUUUGGAUCAAGUUGACAGUACUGCAGCAACCAGUGCUAUGCCUCCUCCUAUUAGUACUACUCUGAAUGGUGAUAAAGUUGAACGAACGAUUACUUAUACGCUGACAUUGAAACAAAAACUUGGACCAAGAACAUGUACUGCAGUAGAACAACAGACUUUGUUAUUAAGUCAAUCCGAAUUCGGCAAACGAUAUGUGGUUGACGCAAAAGUUACUAAUCAAGCUGUACCAUUGUGCAAUUGUUUCUGUGUUGUCAGUCGAUAUUGCCUGUUACGGGUGAAUCAUACAACUAGCCGCUUACAUGUCUGUUCUCAAGUGAUUUAUGAGAAACCAGUUUUCUUCGGAGCAAAAAGUAUCAUAGAGAAUACUUGUCAUUCUGGUUUAUCAGACUUUUUUGAUACGCUUACAAUACAGUUAACCGGUUUGGCAACAAAUCUCUCAAUGGAAGAACGUCUCACCGGAGGUUGGUUAACACAGAAACGUGGUUGUGGAAAUAAUAAUGUUGUUAGUAAUAAUACCAAUACUAAUGCUAAUGAAGUGUCUUCAAUUCCCCAGAUGCAUCAUCGAAUGCUUCCUCACCAUCAUCAUCAUCAUCAUGGGACGACAACUGUUCAAGAUGUUGUUGUCAGUACGGCUAGUCAUCAAGAGAAUCGUCGAGGUAAAAAUGAUGGCAAUGUCACAGGUAAAGGCAAAUUAUUAUUAACCACACAUAAUAAAGUGCCUUCAGUGAAAUAUUCUGAUCAAGGGAAACAAACUGUAUUCAAUAAUUGUUUGAAUGGAACAUCUGGUAAAAGGUCAAUCAGUAAUAAUAAUAACAGUAAUAGUAAUAAUACUGUUAGCUAUUUUGGAUCUGGAGAUAUGACCUAUUUAUUUAUGCGACCAGAUCGGGCAUGGCUUUUAUUAGUUAUUAUAAGCCUACUACUCUGUUUAUUCUUAUCAAUGGUGUAUAAUCGUUUAGUAGUAUUGGAGAAGUUGGCUGAACAAUUCCCAUCUUCGCCUGCAUCGUCAUCAUCACCGUCGUCGUCGACUGUUCGGGAUCAAGAUUACAUAUCAGAUUUAUUUGGUCCUUCAUAUUCUAAAGAGAAUCCACUAUUCUCUUCAUCAUCGUCACCAUCAUUUACAGGGAAAGAUGAACGUGAGUCAAUAUACAAGGAUCAGUUAAAUGGUCAAGGAACAAGAUUAAAAGUGAUGAAAGAUCUUAUACAGUUAUUAUCGAAAACACUUACACAGAUGCAACAAACACUGACACAAGUACGUCAAGGUAUAGAAUUGCUUGAAGUCCCGCCGUCUAGUGUAGGCAACACUGGCGGUAGUGGUGUUGUGGUUGGUGGUGGGGAUAUCCAACAAGCCAGUGUGAAUUUCAAUCUUCCUCCAAUGAAUUCUGGUCUUGAUUCUUGUACAUCAAAUACAAAAGAUGCUCCUGUCACCUGA